AUGCCGUCUGCAGUACACAAGCUCUUCGUCGAGGCUAUUCAGAAAGAAGAACCAGGAGUCACCGUCUCAGCAUCCUCAUCGCCGCCCAUUCAGUCCUCCUCCGGCCAGGGGUACAUUGGGAAGGUUGGCUCACCAUCUGAGACAGAGCAAUUUAUCGGCGAGGCAGAAUCCUUGCGAGGAAUCAAUGUCGCUGCACCGGGUCUCGCACCAAAGCUUCUUGCUGCAGGCGUCUUCGACGAGGAGACCGCAGAGAGUGGGAACGAAGUUGGGAAGCCAUACUUUCUGUGCGAGUACAAGCAUAUGGGCACUCUCACCGACAACGCUGCCAAUAUUCUGGGCAAGAGACUAGCAACGGAACUGCAUGCAUACAAGAGUACAAUGGGGUUCGGUUUCCAUGUCCCAACGUUCUGCGGCCAAACAAAGCAGGCGAAUGGCUGGUUUGACUCGUGGGAGCAGUGUUUCGACGCGCUGGUCGGGAGUUUGUUCGCCACCCUCAGAAAGCAGGGGGGUUACGAAGCGCUUUGCAGGCAGGGGGAUGAACUAAGGAAAAGUGUAAUCCCGGCGCUCCUCGGACCCUUGGUUAUACAACCAGUCCUACUUCACGGCGAUCUCUGGAGUGGGAAUACCGGAACAGAUGCGAAAACAGGACAGCCUGUCAUAUUCGACCCCUCGUCAUAUUAUGGCCAUAACGAGGCGGAUCUAGCGAUUGCGCGUAUCUUCGGUGGCAUACCAAAGUCAUUUUUCAAGACGUAUCACGAGUACCUGCCGAAGUCAGAACCUGAGGAUCAGUACGAGCUCCGCGGGGAUCUAUAUGAGCUGUAUCAUUACUUGAAUCACACGGUGCUGUUCGGGGUGCGUACCUUGCAGGUAAAUGGGUGCUGGUCAUGA